GGCGCCGUGGGGCGCCUGGAGGCCACGCACUAUCAGCUCGUCUAUACGUGCAAGGUCUGCCAGACCCGAUCUUCAAAAACCAUUUCCAAGCUGGCCUACCAUAAAGGAGUGGUAAUAGUGAAGUGUCCCGGCUGCAAGAAUCACCAUGUCAUAGCAGACAACUUAGGGUGGUUUUCAGAUCUGGAAGGAAAGAGGAAUAUCGAGGAAAUUCUGGCAGCCAAAGGGGAGAAGGUGAGACGUGUGGUUGGCGAGGAAGCCCUGGAACUGCUUCUGGAAAGCGCUGCAGAUCCCAAGUCACAAAGUCCUCCUGCGGAGGGAGAAGGUGGGGACGAUCCCCCGGAGACCCCCGGCAAGGCACCGACCUCAUGAACUGCUUUUGUGUCGUUCUGCUUGUGGCAAGGAGAGACUUUUGAGAGAUUUUUUCCCAUUCUUUUUUGUUUAAAAUAAAUGAAGGGAGGCACCGGCCUUCUUAUUCUUUUUCCUGUGUAGUUUUGCCUUUGACCGAGGUAAUGUUAUUAAGGAAGGACCRUGGAUGUUUUGCUGUUACUUGUUUUGUGGACUUUAAAGCUAUCCCGAGUGCUUAAACAGUGUCAGGAAUCCUGCAUCGAUCUCUUUUGAGACAGAACCAGUAAUUUUUUGCCGGUGUGUUUUAACCUAAGGAGGAGCAGUUCUGUGGGGAAGUUUUAGUACCYUUUUCUGGUCUUGUGUCAAGUGUUGUAUCACAGCAGCUGAACUUAAUAUUUGUAAAGCACAUGAGGGAUAAAUAGAUGAGCUAGAAAGCUGUCUUGGUGUUAUUUGACAGCUSUUGAGGUGCUUGUUAUUAUUACUGCUGCACAGUUAAAAUCGGCUAAAAGAAAAAAUAACGAUUUUGUAACUGAAAAAUUUAGGUGUUAGCCAGGCACACAAUACCUGGGUGGUGAUGAAUCAGGCAGUAAGGUGAUGGGACUGCACCUUCCUGGGGCUCAAACCCCCCAGCUGCAAAAAGAAAAUUACCUUAGGUAGACAGUAGCAAAAUCCUUCUUAACACAUUUUCUUCUCUAGGCUGAGCAAUCCCAGCUCUCUCAGCCAAACAUAUCUAGGUGCUUGUGGUCUUUAAUUAGCCAAGUAUUCAGYGAGGAUGUUGCACGUAUUCAUGUAUUUAUUUAAUUCAUAUGAAGAGUUCAUAGUAAUUUUGUGUGUUGGGUUAUAAGCACAGUUCUGAGUGGCAGGAAGAUAGUCAUGUUUUCCUGUUGGUAAGUGGUAUCAAAGUGAUUAAAGAGCG